AUGAAGCAAAUAAAAGCGAAUUUAACGCGAAUGAAAUAUCGUUCGAUGCGCUCGGAUUUGAAAGAGAAGUCUGUGUCGUACGCUUCUUCUUUGAAGAGUCUAGAGGAUGAAAUACGGGAACAAGAGAACGAAGUGAAACGUCUACAGUCAGUGAAGGAAGAAGCCAUUCAGUUGAGGAACAACACGCAGGAAACGCUGAUCAAAGAAGAAAUUGAAGUUACGAACUGCAGCAAGGAGCGAAAUUCUGUUCUUGAAGAUUACAGGCAACGCGUAUUAGAACGAAAAUUGGAGCUCGAACGGCUGGAAAAGAUGGUAUUCCAUUCGCGUCUACGCGAUGAUUUCGACACACGUGGGAAAAGCCGUGUGCAGGCCACAGAGGACAUUACCAAGGACGAGGUGACACGACUGGAAGAGGCGUUCGCCAAGCUCCGCAGCGCCGCCGGAGUGUCCAGGUCCGAGGACGUUCUGAACCGGUUUCUGGGUCAGCGGGCGACCAAGGAUAAUCUACAGAAAAUGCGGGUGGCCGCGGAGCAGGAGAAAAUGACCUUAGAAAAGCAGAGGCAGGAGUUUAUCGCCGAGAUGGAGACCAGAAAAUUCUCUGAAACGAAGAACGCAGAACAGAACGCGGAAGAUGUGGAGAAACUGAAUAAUCAAAUCGAUGAACAACGAAUGCGCCAAUCCAAAGCUGAAGGGGAAACGAGGAAGCUCGAAGACCUGCUACAAGAGAUCAGCACAACCUUAUGGAUCCUGUGUGAGAAAUUCCAGGACAUACUUGAAACGCUGCCCAACGACCAAGAAGAAAUUCCGAGUCCUCUGCAUCUUAUAGAAAUAAUAAACGGGAAAGUGGACACUGUAAUUGAACAUUUGGGCGGUCCGGAUAAGUAUCUUGAAGUUCUGAACGAAAUGAUUGUUGAUAAGCUGGAAACAGUAUCAACUGCAACUACAUCAGCAGAGGGAAAAGCAACACGUACAACCGAAGGACAACUUUUUUCACGAUUUCCAUCAUCAGCAACACCAGCCGCCGCCCCAUCGGAAGAUGAAGAGGACGUACCGUCUAGAAAUGCUGUGAAGAAGCAGGCACAACAAUUAGUCGAUAUUAAAAGUCGUAGAAAAGGAUUCGCAUUCAGAAGAUGA